CCCCUUUACAGACCAGGGGCUUGAGGGGCUUUUGCGGGGUUCCUUCCACGGCUGGUGUGCGUGCGCAGGAGUGUGCGGAGGCUGCCUUGGCAAUUUGAAAGACUCAGAGCUCCCAGCGGCGUUUAGGGUCCGGGUGUGGCGAGGGCUUCCCGGUUGUGGCGUCACGCCAGCUCCCUUCGCCAGCCAUGAUGGUGACUUCCGCGGCUCCUCUCAGAACCGGCGCCUGGCGUGGCUGAACAGAGCCCUGGCUUGGAGCCGUGCUCGCAGUCUCUCAGGUACCUGAAUGUUGACGUUGUAUCUGAAGCUCCUGGAAUUUUUCUCUUGAUACAAACUUGGCUCAAAUUACACUGUAUAUAUGUAUACAGCUGCUUAGCCCAAGCCUAAGAAUUGCUGGUCUUCUGGUAAGACAAAUUCAAACAACUGGGAAUUCUAUCUAGGAAGAUGCAGCCCCUGCACAAGUUGAUGGCUGUCUCAAAACCUCAAAAUGUGGCUCUACAUGAGCAAAGUGAUGUCCUGAGAGCAGAUAUGUCUUGGCAACAGGAAAGCAUCCCAGUCAUGGAGACCUAUGACUCUGAGGCCUCUCGUCAAAAGUUCAGACAUUUCCAGUACUUGGAAGUAUCUGGGCCUCAUGAAACCCUGAGCCAACUCUGGGAGCUGUGUCUUCAGUGGCUGAGACCAGAAGUUCAUACAAAGAAGCAGAUCCUAGAGCUGCUGGUGCUGGAACAAUUCCUGACAAUUCUCCCUGAGGAGGUCAGGACUUGGGUGAAUUUACAACAUCCAAAGAACAGCAAAGAAGUGGUGACCCUCAUAGAGGAUGUGAUUGAAAUGCUUCAAGACAAAGAUACAGCCUGCAGGGAUUCUGUCCUACUCCAGAAGGGGAGCAUUGAGAAGGAGAGAAUGGAAGCAGACUCACUAACAGGCCAAUCCCAGGAACCAGUGACAUUCAAAGAUGUGGUUCUGGAAUUCAGCAAGGAAGAGUGGGGACAACUGGACCCGGCUGUAAAGAACCUGUACAGGAAUGUGAUGCUGGAGAACUAUAAGAACCUGAAUUCAUUACAUAAAGAGCAUCUAUUUUCCAAACCAGUUGAAGUCCCCAAGUUGGAAAGUAAGAAAAAAGGAUGGUUAAUGGAGCAAGAAAUCCCAAAAACAACCAUUUUUGACAGACAGACAAUUUCAGAAAAUCAAGAUUCAUUUCCAAAGCAGAGAAUUUCUGGAGAAGAACCAUCCCAUGGAGCAAUUAUGACAAAACUGACGACCCAAAGUGGACAUCUUUCUGUAGAUGCCUGGAAAGGUGGUGACUCGUUAUAUAGGAGCCAGAAACACUGGGACAUAAAUUUGCCUCAGGAGGCUUUCAUUCACAAGACAAUGUACACUGAGGAGGGAGACUUUGAAUGCAGUGAAAAUAAGAAAAAUUUUGAUGGUAAGUCAGUUAACUCAGUUUUUGAUACACAACAGGGAAUUCUGAUGAGAAAGGGGUCCCCUAAGUGUGAUAAGUUUAAAACUAACUUCAAAUUUAAUUUAGACUCAGUAGGUAAGCAACAUUCAGAAUAUCAUGAAUGUGGAAAUGCCUUGAGCCUGCGUAUAGAUAUUCAUCACCCAAAAAGUCAUACCACAAUGAAUUCCUAUGAAUGUUAUCAGUGUGGGAAAGCCUUCAGCCGGAGUUCGUCUCUUGUUCGACAUCAGAUCAUUCACACAGGAGAGAAACCCUAUAAAUGUAGUGAAUGUGGGAGAUUCUUCAAUAGACGUACAAACCUUACUAAGCAUCAAAAAAUUCAUAUGAAAGCCAAGGCCUCUGAAGGCAAUGAAUGUGGAACAGCCUUCACUAAGAGUGAAGACAGUAAUAAAAAUCCAAGUCCUAUGAAUAAUGCCUAUGAAUGUGUUAGCUGUGGAAAAUCCUUUGAUCGGAGCUCCUCGCUUAUUCGACAUCAAAUGAUUCAUACAGGAGAGAAACCAUUUAAAUGUAAGGAAUGUGAGAAAACCUUCAACAGGAGUUCAAACCUGAAUAAACACCAACAACUUCAUACUCGAGAGAAGUCCUAUAACAGGAAGAAAUGUGAGAUUACUUUCAGUCAGAGUGCAGAACGCCUUCAACAUCCAUAAAUUUAUGCUGGAAGGAAUCUUAUGAAAGUAAUAAAUGGGAGAAAAUGUUUGUCAGAGAUUAUUCUUUAAUUGAUCUGACAGAAUUAAUAUUGGAGAGAAAUCUGUUAUUGGAUAGAAAUCUGAGGGAGUUUUUCCAGGCUUCCAGAUGAAGCUACAGGGUUUGGAGUAAAGCUUAUCACCAUAUAAGUGUUUGUAUCAUUAUUCUGAUGUCCAUUACCGUCAUCUUUCCCUAGUUCAUAAAUAGGACCUAUUCACCUGGUCUAUUGAUGAAAUACAUAUUAGGGAGAAGCCAAGCAAUAUCCUUGACAUUGAUAUUUAAUAAAACUCAAACUUUCAGUUCUAAUAAGAAGGUCACAAGAAACCUGGAGCUCAUAAAAAUAUAGGAGGACAUUUGUAAGGACUGAAUUCUCUGAAUUAAUGGCAAAGACCACAGUGACAGCCAGUUACUCCACCCCUCCUAAUUUCCGUGGGCUGUCCUGAUGCUGAGUGGGGACUAGAAUUGGAAGAGGAUUAUCAACUGCAAUUGGAGGUGGAUGUGUUGUUGUUAAUCUACAUGUAUUUUUUAAUAUCUACAUUUUUAAAAAGUACUCUUUGGGAUCUAGGCUGGAGAGACAUCCAUAGCCCUAGAUCUAGCAUUUAUCCUAAACAUUAUAAAGUCAAUAAAGUGUCCUAAUUCUCUGUGUACCACAACUGCCUCUUCGUUCUAAAAACGACUUCAGGAUCCCAAAGAGUUCUUGAGCUAAGAAGUUUAUCUUAAUCUGCCCAAAAAGAUUCAUACUGGAGGCACUCCCAAUGACUGACGAUGGUGGCUUUUUGUCUGAGUCCAUAUCUUGUUCAAAAGCAGAAGAAGUAUACUGGAGUGAACACUAGGAUGAGUUAAUAAAUGUGGGAAAUUAUUCUAUGUUCGUUUCUUCAUCCUUUAUAUCACAACACCAAUUGUAUUAAGACAAAACUCUACACAAAUAUUUGAUAUGGAAAUUCGUAUAAACAUAAGGCAACUUGAUAGAGGGUCCUAACAAGGGAAAAACACU